CUGUUCCUUCACCGUGUUGGAAGAGAUGGAGAUGAGUUACCAAUUAAGAACGCUGAGGAAGAAGAGAGAGGUGGACUCCAUCAUCAGAGACACCAUCGACAAGCUUCUCGUCCUUCGCUUCGGUCGAUCUUCCGACCCCCUCUGUCUCCAGCUCGACGACAUCCUUUCUAAAUCAGCAAGGGAGGUGUCCAAGUUUGCAACCAUAGCAUUGGUAGAUAUAGAUUCAGAGGACAUUCAAGUCUAUGUCAAGUAUUUUGACAUCACCUUGAUACCAUCCACAGUUUUUUUCUUCAAUGCUCAUCACAUGAAGAUGGAUUCAGGGAGUGCAGAUCACACCAAGUGGGUUGGUGCAUUUCAUGAAAAACAGGACUUCAUUGAUGUUGUAGAGGCAAUAUAUAGAGGUGCCAUGAAAGGCAAGCUGAUAGUAAGUUGUCCAUUGCCCCCGGAGCAAAUACCAAAGUUCCAGUUGCUGUAUAAAGAUGUGUGAGAGCUGAAUCUUUGGUCUAUAGGGUGAACUGAUGAGGUUCUAAAGAUAGACAUGUAUUAUAUCGAGAGGAUAUGGUAGUAUAAACCCAUACCGUUAAUUGUACCUUAAUGUAAUUCUGUAUUCUUGGUAUCAUAAUGUAAGAGAAGGGAAGAGGGAAUGAAUUCCAUAGUUUUGAAUAAAAUUUAUGCACCUAAUGCAUUUCUUUAUUA